AUGGAGAAAAAGACAUGCAUUGCUAUGGUUCCUUCACCUGGACUAAGCCAUUUGAUUCCGCUUGUCGAGUUUGCUAAACUAUUACUCCAACAUCACAAUGAAUUCACUGUCACAUUUCUCAUUCCAUCACUUUCUCCUCUCACUCCUUCCAUGGAAUCCAUCUUGAACACUCUUCCACCAAACAUGAACUUCACUGUUCUUCCACAAGUCAACAUUGAAGACCUCUCACAGAAUCUUGCACCUGCAACACAAAUGAAACUCAUAGUGAAACACUCUAUUCCAUUUCUGCAAGAAGCUGUAAAAUCACUCAUUUCAAAAACUCACCUUGUUGCUUUAGUCUUAAGCAUGUUUUCAACUGAUGCACAUGAAGUUGCUAAGCAAUUCAACCUUUCUUCUUACCUUUUCUUUGCAUCAGGAGCUGUUUUAUUCUCUUUCUUGCUCACUCUUCCGAAACUUGAUGAAUCUGCUUCAUCUCAGUUCUUAGAGUCUAGUUAUGAAACAGUGAAUGUUCCUGGCGUUUCAUUUCCUUUCCAUGUCAAAGAUCUUCCUGAUCCGGUUCUUUACGAAAGAUCAAGCCAUACAUACACAUCAUUUCUUGAUGUGUGUCAAAAACUCUCAUUGUUUGAUGGUGUUAUAAUGAAUACUUUCACAGAUUUGGAACCAGAAAUUAUAAAGGUUCUUCAAGAGAGUGAGAAUAAGAAACCUAUUGUUUUUCCUGUUGGACCUAUCAUUAGGAAUGAGUCAAAUAGUGAAGCAAACAUGUCAGUGUGUUUAAGGUGGUUGGAGAAUCAGCCACCAAGUUCUGUUGUCUUUGUCUCUUUUGGAAGUGGUGGAACACUUUCUCAUGAACAACUCAAUGAGUUAGCUUUUGGUUUAGAAUUGAGUGGACACAAAUUCUUGUGGGUUGUGAGAGCUCCUAGUAAACAUUCUAGUUCUGCUUAUUUUAGUGGACAAAAGGAUGAUCCAUUAGAGUAUUUACCAGAUGGUUUCUUGGAAAGAACAAAAGAGAAUGGACUAGUGGUUCCAUCAUGGGCACCACAAGUUGAGAUUCUUGCUCAUGGUUCAGUAGGUGGUUUUUUGAGUCAUUGUGGUUGGAGUUCAAGUUUGGAGAGUGUGGUUAAUGGUGUACCUAUGAUUGCUUGGCCAUUGUUUGCAGAACAGAAGAUGAAUGCUAAGUAUCUCACUGAUGUGCUUAAAGUUGCGGUGAGGCCGAAGAUUGAUGAUGAAAGUGGGAUAGUGAAAAGAGAGGAAGUUGGUAAAAGUGUAAGGAGAAUCAUGGAAGGUGAUGAGAGUUUGGAGAUUAAUAAGAGAAUGAAAGACUUGAGUGAUGCUGCUGUUACUGUGCUAAGUGAUCAUGGUUCUUCUAGGAAAGCACUUUCUGCUCUAGCAUUGAAAUGGCAUUGA